UCUCUCUUUCUCUCUCUUUCUCUCUUACCUCUAUAUUUCUCUCUUUGUAUCGCCCUCUGUCUUUCCCUCUCCUGUCUACCGCACCCAUUCCCUCCUCAUCUCCUCGCUCCUCUCCCUCCUAAUCUCGUUCCUCCUCUCCCUUCUCUCUUCUCCCCUCCUAUUACGCAAGCGCGAUAUGCCACCAAAACGCAUCUACCACCCCAGCAAGGAGGACCCCACCCGCUACCACUAUGUCAGCUCCGAUGACGACAACGACGGAUCUUACGUCAGCUUCACACACGACGUCUCCAGACCCCUCCUCUCGGGAGCCCCCACGUCGUUCGAAACGUCCUUCCCACUAGAGGGCGCCGCUGUGUAUGACGUCACCGGGGCGGCGGCGGGCACGAAAAACGCCGCCAGACUGCCGCCAGAUGGCGAUGUGUGGGGUGUCGUACGUGAACGUGUGGACAAGCCAGGUCUGUCCGAAAACCCGUUUUCGGUACCUAACACUCACCAGCACAGCCCUGAUUCUGUCCAGCAGCUGCUCACUUCACAGAGCAUACUUCUCUCCACACAUUCCACCAUUGAGACCGAAAACUUCGAGCAUUCAAAAUGCAGGACCAAGCUUCAGCUACGUAACUACCAAGAGACGGUGUUCCAGUGCUUUUACACGGGUCCCAGACGCCUGCAGGGACUCGCCCACUUUAUGAGGUCUCUAGUGAGCGUGCUGAUCUACAUCAUGCAGUGCAGCUUCUGCUGUAUCUACAUCGUCUGGGUGGCCACAAACGUCAAACCGGACUUGCCUGAUGUCAGCAAAAGGCCGGCGUUCGGAUCCUGGGCCACAAUGCCCAUGUUCUUCGGGACCUCCGUCUUCUCCUAUGAGAGCAUUAGCCUGCCGUUCAUUUCUUAUUCCAAUCUUGCCUUCAUUGACCUCAUAAUUAAUAAUAACCAGGUGACGAGGCUGUACCUAUCGGUGAAUCUUAUCCUGGCGGCGGCCAUGUUCAUCUCCGUGGGUGUCCAGUUCUACGUGCCCAUCUCCGUCAUCGUCCCCACGCUGGAACAGCGCUUGCGCGUAAAGUCUGAGAGAAGCAAGACCAUACUGAACCUGGCAACGAGGAUUGGACUUAUCACUCUGAUCUGCAGAGUUGAAGCAACUGGCUUCCUAAAUGCUAUAGAUUAUGUCUAUGGGGAGUAA